AUGCACUUCAUUGCAGAUGUGGAGGUCAGAACGUAUGAUGACGACUACAAGGAUGUCGAUCCUCGAUUGCUUCAACAGUAUUAUGGUGUCAGCCAACACUGGCAUUUGAGAGCAGCUGCUGAGGCGACUGGUGUGGGCCACUCAGACAAUGACACUGAUGACAAGGAAGAUGAAGAUGCAGAUGGUCCGGUCCUCGAUCCACAGGAUGGUCCUGCAACUGAGGAUGAUGACGGUGACGGCAAGGAGGUUGUUGAUUCCGUGGCAUCUACAGAGGAAAUCAUGGCUCGUCUUGCUUAUAGCCAGCGGCGCAAUCUGCGGCAUACACCUGUUGAAGUCCCAGCGUUGAAGUGUCCAUUCUCAGUUCCAGAGAUGGAAGAGAGUUUUUGGCUUGCAUUCAAGGAUGCUGAGAAGAAGGGAUGGCUGCCGGACGUGUUUGACAUCAAGUGCAAUGAGUGGGCCACUAGUGGUUGGGGUGGCUACUCUGAGAGUGCACAGAUGAAGAUAGGCCGGAAGAAGAAGAA